UUUUAGCGCGCUCGCUACUUGUCCCGCCUCUUUCCAACCCCCCCCCCCCCGCAGCGGUGAGGCAGAUGAAUCUGUCGUGCCUAUGUAAGGGUUUUCGGUUGAGGGUCUCGCGUGCGAGAUCGGGGGGAAAGAGGAGGCGGAGGUAAGAUAAAGCAACUCGUGGAACCGCUUAAUGAAAAGCUGAGGGAACACCACAAAAAGAUGUCAUAAUAAAAAAUGAUGCACCAGCUUCGUUAUUGUUGGAAAAACAUGCGGACUACAUAGCUGCUUAUGGAGCAAAGAAAGAUGAUUAUGAAUACUGUAUGUCAGAAUAUUUACGAAUGAGUGGUGUCUAUUGGGGACUGACAGUAAUGGAUCUUAUGGGACAGCUGCAUCGGAUGAGCAAAGAAGAAAUUCUGGCAUUUAUCAAAUCAUGUCAACAUGAAUGUGGUGGAAUAAGUGCCAGCAUAGGUCACGAUCCUCAUCUUUUAUAUACACUUAGUGCUGUCCAGAUUCUAACUCUGUAUGACAGUCUCCUGGUUGUUGAUAUAAAUAAAAUUGUCAAUUAUGUAAAGAACUUACAAAAAGAGGAUGGAUCAUUUGCUGGAGACAGAUGGGGAGAAAUAGAUACAAGGUUUUCCUUUUGUGCUGUAGCAACGUUAGCCCUCCUGGGAAAACUGGAUGCAAUUGAUGUGAACAAAGCUGUAGAAUUUGUGUUGUCCUGCAUGAACUUUGAUGGAGGAUUUGGUUGUAGACCAGGAUCUGAAUCUCAUGCAGGACAGAUCUAUUGUUGCACAGGAUUCCUGGCCAUAACUGGUCAGUUGCACCAAAUGAAUGCUGAUCUGCUAGGCUGGUGGCUUUGUGAACGUCAAUUGCCAUCUGGCGGCCUUAAUGGAAGGCCAGAGAAGUUACCAGAUGUAUGCUAUUCAUGGUGGGUGUUGGCGUCCCUGAAGAUAAUUGGCAGGUUGCAUUGGAUUGACAGAGAGAAAUUACGCAGCUUUAUCUUGGCUUGCCAGGAUGAAGAGACUGGAGGAUUUGCAGACAGGCCAGGAGAUAUGGUGGAUCCAUUUCAUACCUUGUUUGGAAUUGCUGGAUUAUCAUUGUUGGGAGAAGAACAAAUUAAGCCUGUAAAUCCUGUGUUUUGUAUGCCUGAAGAGAUUCUUCAAAGAAUAAAUGUACAGCCAGAACUCGUAAGCUAGGUUUUAACGUGUGCAACAUUGCCAUACUCAGCUGCUUUGAAUUUUUCCGUCAAAAGACAUUUCUAAGUGUGUUUACAUGAAAAAUUACCACUUUACUGUAAGCACUGUCAUUUUGUAUGUGGAGUGUAUCCAAAGUAAAUAAACGGAGUGUAACAUGUACUUGAGAUUCUCAGUAACAGAUUUAGAUAUGUUUCAAUUGUCUUCAAAUAAGUUUGCCUCUAGGCUCUAGGUUCCAGUCAUGUUGCUUCAAAAUAACAUACUGUAUUAGCACAAUAGAUGAAUACUUGAAUUGUGUAACUUCAUAUUUGACACAGUCAUUCACUCAUCUUGCUGACAGACAGCAUGUACUGGUCAGUGAAUGUCCUGAGCACUGUUUCUAUUGAGAGAAAUUGACUUGCUAAUACCAGUGACACUUUAUGUACUUGAGUUCCUGUUUAGGAUCUGCUACACUUUUUUAUCCAAUUUAAAUCACAUUUUCUUGUACUACUAACAGUAGAAAUUUUAUGAUACUCUGAUAACUGCUUUCUACUAGUGACAUCAUUCAAUGAAGGUUAAUAAUGCAAUUAUAAUUUAUCUUGUUUAAACAAAUGGCCAUGUUGAAUUUUAGAAUUUGUUCCUUCGCUUUAAUGUAUUUAUUGUAACUGUGGCUUGAAUCCCAGUUUCAGUAGCACUUGGAAUAGUUGUAUAUAGUCAAGAAUAAAGCAGAAGAAUAUUGUUUUCUGCAGGAUGAAAUAUCUGCUUAUAUUGAAAUUCUAGAAGAGCCUCUAUUUCACAUUUGUCACAAUUGUGCAUUUGCAGUUUGGCUGAAAAAUUCUAAAUAUGAAAUGGGAUUCUGCUUCAAACUAAUUAAAGCUAAUUAUGAAGUAAAGAUUUAAAUUGCUUAUUGUA